CCCGCCCCGCCCCGAGCCGCGCCGUGCCGUGCCGAGCCGCGCCGAGCCGCGGGCAGCAUGUGGAGCGCCGCCGUCGCCGCCACCGGUAGGGUCGCACUGCUGCGGGCGGAGCAGAGAACAGAUCAUACAGAAAUUUCAGUUGUAAAGAAUUGUACUGAAGUAUCAGCAAUCUUUUUCUCCUGGCUCUGGACAUAGUGAAUAACAUGUUUGGAAGUACCUGCUAGUGUUGGUUACCUGUACCCUAGCACAAGAGCUCCAGCUUAAUCCUUUUCAACACUUCUUCCAGAACAUGGGGGAAAACGAUGAUGAAAAAUACAGUCAAGCUGGACAGAUAUUUGAAAACUUUGUCCAAGCAUCAACAUGCAAAGGUACCAUUCAGGCUUUUAAUAUUCUCACUCGCCAACUUGAAUUAGAUCCUUUGGACAAUAGAAACUUUUACACCAAACUGAAGUCAAGAGUAACCACAUGGAAGGCCAAAGCUUUGUGGAACAAGCUUGAUAAAAGAGCAAGUCACAAAGAGUACAAACGUGGAAAAUCUUGUGUGAACACUAAGUGUUUAAUUAUUGGAGGUGGCCCGUGUGGCUUGCGGACUGCCAUAGAACUUGCCUUCCUUGGAGCCAAAGUCGUCGUCGUGGAGAAGCGGGACACUUUUUCAAGAAACAAUGUGUUGCAUCUCUGGCCAUUUACAAUCCAUGACCUCCGGGGACUGGGAGCAAAGAAAUUUUAUGGGAAAUUUUGUGCAGGAUCUAUCGAUCACAUCAGUAUUCGACAGCUUCAACUUAUCCUCUUCAAAGUUGCACUUAUUUUAGGAGUUGAAAUUCAUGUGAAUCUAGAAUUUGUGAAAGUCCUGGAACCUCCUGAAGAUCAAGAAAAUCAAAAGAUAGGUUGGAGAGCUGAAUUUCUCCCUGUGGAUCACCCUUUGUCGGAGUAUGAAUUUGAUGUUGUUAUUGGUGCAGAUGGCCGCAGGAACACAUUAGAGGGUUUUAGGAGAAAGGAGUUUCGUGGAAAGCUGGCUAUAGCUAUCACUGCCAAUUUUAUAAACAGAAAUACAACUGCAGAAGCCAAGGUAGAAGAAAUUAGUGGCGUUGCUUUCAUCUUCAAUCAGAAGUUCUUCCAGGACCUUAAAGAGGAAACGGGAAUUGACCUAGAGAAUAUUGUUUACUACAAAGAUAGCACUCAUUAUUUUGUGAUGACAGCAAAAAAACAGAGUCUUCUGGACAAAGGAGUGAUUAUUAACGACUAUAUUGAUACUGAGUUGCUCCUCUGUGGAGAAAAUGUGAACCAGAGCAAUUUGCUGUCCUAUGCCCGAGAAGCUGCUGACUUUGCAACCAACUACCAGCUGCCAUCCUUGGAUUUUGCAAUUAAUCACUAUGGGCAACCAGACGUAGCAAUGUUUGAUUUUACCUCUAUGUAUGCAUCUGAGAAUGCUGCACUGGUGAGAGAGAGGCACAGACAUCAGCUCCUGGUGGCGCUUGUUGGAGAUAGUUUACUUGAGCCCUUCUGGCCAAUGGGUACUGGCUGUGCAAGAGGCUUCUUAGCUGCUUUUGAUACCGUGUGGAUGGUACGGAGCUGGGCUCAAGGAAAACCCCCGUUAGAAAUCCUUGCUGAACGAGAAAGCAUUUAUCGACUCUUGCCUCAGACUACACCUGAAAAUAUUAACAAGAACUUUGACCAGUAUACCAUUGACCCAGGAACAAGAUACCCGAACUUGAACUCAAGCUGUGUUCGACCUCACCAGGUGAGACAGUUAUUUGUUACCAAUGAGUUACAGCAAUGUCCUCUUGAAAGAGUAAGCUCCAUUAGAAGAUCUGUGAAUCUCUCAAGACGUGAGUCGGAUAUUCGGCCUAACAAGCUGUUGACCUGGUGUCAGAAACAGACAGAAGGGUACCGUAAUGUUAACGUCACAGACCUGACUACCUCCUGGAAAAGUGGCCUUGCACUGUGUGCAAUUAUCCAUCACUUCAGACCUGAUCUCAUAGACUUUGAUGCUCUGAAUGAAGAAGAUGUUGUCAAAAACAACCAACUGGCAUUUGAUGUUGCUGAGCGGGAAUUUGGGAUCCCCCCUGUGAUUACAGGGAAGGAGGUGGGAUCAGCCGGGGAGCCUGACAAGCUCAGCAUGGUCAUGUACCUGUCCAAGUUUUACGAGCUGUUCAGGGGCACACCUCUGCAGGCAGUCGAUGCUGGGGACAAACAAAAUGGAGAAAAUAAUGAUAUUUGUUCAACAAAAUCAUCAAACUUCAUCUUUAAUAAUUACAUCAAUUUAACUUUACCAAGAAAACGAGUACCAAAGAUUGAAGGGAAAACAGAAGAAAAUGAGACUAACAAAAGACGUCGAAAAGGUCUUUUUGGUGUCUUUGAGGAGGCUUCAGGCUUUUCAAGCCAAGCGACAAGUGCUGGGAAAGAACAGAAUGAUAGCAAAGAAGGAAUGAACCAGAAUAAAGUUAAAUCAAUGGCAACUCAGCUGUUGGCCAAGUUUGAAGAGAAUGCUCCAAAUACAAUUUUUCGGAGGCAGGAGCAAGUAGAUAGACCAGCCCUGGUCUCUUCUGACUCUCCUGUUAAUCCUCGCUUUGCUAAACCUAAGGAUCCAAGUCUUCUUCUACCUCAACCAAAAAGGCAGUUUCAGGUGGUAGCUAGAACUGAACACGAGGUCAGGGAACCCAAACAGUCUUUAAAUGGUUCUGAUCAUAUGGCCAGGAGACCAAAGACUGUAGAAAAAACAGAUACCCAGCCCAGUCUGUCAGAAACCUCUGAAAGUCUUGCAUCUGCCUGUUCUGCUGCAUUUGUACUCUCUGGAGUGCUUGAGCGUCUUCAGAACCUGGAGGAAAAAAUAAAACAGAAAAGAGCUCAGACCAUAGCAAAUAGAGAAUUCCAUAAAAAGAACAUUAAAGAGAAAGCAGCACAUCUUGCCUCAAUGUUUGGAUACAUGGAGUUUCCAAAGAGUAAGCUACCUACUAAAGGCUUAUCCCGUUCUCAGCCCCCAACUCCCUCUUGCCUUCCACCUCAUGAUUCAGCUGCUGCCUGUCCUCCGUCAUCUGUAGGUUCAACUUCCCCUGCGCUUCCUUCUAGACAGAUGACUGUAGGAAAGGUGUCAUGUGCAAUUGGAGCUAUGGCAGAAGUUCUUGUCAAUCUAUAUGUGAAUGAUCACAGACCUAAGCCACAAACUCCCCCCCUUGAACUGAAGCAGUCUCUGGACAGAGCCUCAGGUUCUUGCCCCAUUCCCUAUUCGCCAUCUCCUGCCUUCACUGCUCAGAGAUGUCAGGGAUCUCUGCGAAAAGAAUUCCCUCAGUCUAUUGGGGGGAGUGACAUUUGUUAUUUCUGCAAAAAACGGGUGUAUGUUAUGGAGCGGCUGAGCGCAGAAGGCCACUUCUUUCACAGGGAGUGCUUUAAGUGUGAAAUAUGUUCUACAACGCUCCGUUUAGGAAUUUAUGCCUUCGAUGUUGAAGAAGGUAAAUUUUACUGUAAACCUCAUUUUACACACUGCAAAAUCAGUAAUAAACACAGAAAGAGAAGAGCGACAUUACAGGUCCAGGGAAAGGAGGCAACAGAAGCAUGGAAGAAAGAAGAACCCAAAUCUACAGAGACCACCACAGAAAGCACUUUAACUACUGCUAGCAGUCCAGAGGACAGGUCCCCAGGCUGCUGCCAGCCCAUGGCUGAUGAGCCCACCUCUCCGAAGAAGGCAAAGAGCAUCCUGGAGCGCAACAACCUGGAGAACUGGUCACUUUCUCCAGAGUGGACCACUGUGAGGGUCAUCCCUGAGGAGGAAAUGACAGAGCACAACCUCCUUGCUAUUCGAGUCAUGGUCACCAGUGAUGCAAGCAGUUCUGAGCUGGAGUCUGAUUUUAACGGUGAUUCCGCCAACUCUGAGGUGGGAGAAGGAGAGACCUCGCUGCUGGAGGUGCCUGCCUGUCCGAGCACCCCCCGGCGGUGGGCAUCACUCGCCAGGAGCCCUGCGGUGCCAGAGGAAAACCACAAAACAUCCAAAGUUGCUGAUGCACUACAGAGAGCCAACAGCUUUCAUUCCACUGCAUUAACUAAAUACCAGAAUUGGAGAAGAAAAAUCCAAAUGAAUUUCCCUCUGCUUUCUAACAAGAAACCUGGGCUACACUGGAAGGAGAGCUCAGACAGCUGUCAAAGUGAUCUCAGAGAGGAUCAGUUCCAAACACAGUUGACUUCAUACAAGAAACCACGAGAAGUUACAAGAGGACAUGUCCAACCCUACAGCCCAGUAUCUCAAAGAAAAGAAAAAGUCAGAGAGAUGCAUGAAGAUGUCCAUCUCUACGUGCCUCAUUGUCCAUUUCAGAGCAGGGCCAGAGGUUCUCCACGGAUCACUUGUGGGAAUGGGACGCUGGCUGAUGAUUUUUUGGAGCUUGAAGAUAUAGAUUGUGACACUGGGACAUGUACAGGCCAGAGCUGGAAUGAAAACAAACAGAAUUACACUUCUGAAUCACAAGGUUUUAACAAGAAUGCCAAAGUGCUGCCAUCUCUGCAUUUGAAAGAAAAAGAUGAGAAAAAUACAAGGCACCCAGAAGAAAAGUUUGAGCAAGAAUUAAAGGAGGCAAAAAAGAGGCUGGUGCUUUGCACAGAACAGCAACCCAUGUAUGAUUCAGAUGGGGUAGACUUAGGUGGAACCAGGCUUCAGUAUCAAAACAAAGGAGUGCUAGGGAUUUCAGAGGAGGAUACUGACUGGAGAAAAGGUGUGUUCAAACAAUUUGCAGAUGAUGUACCACUGGCUUUGCCAGUUGACAUAAAAGGUGCUCUGAAGAAUCCAGACACAGCUGCUAAGGAGCCUACAGCUGGCCAGCCAAAAUCACCACUGAGGCUCAUUGCCAAUGCAAUCAAGAGGUCCAUUUUGGAGCCUCUAACAUCAUCUACAGAAGGACUAAAACAGGACUCAGACAGCAAAUCUAAAGCCUCUUCAGAACAAGCUUACUUCAGCUUCCCCAGUACUCCUGGCUAUGCCCUAAGCCAAAGGAACAGUAAUAACAACAGAGCAAAUAACAGUCAGCCACAGGAGCUUAAAAUUGGGAAGCAGGCUGGAGAAUAUUUAGGAAUUACUUGCAAUUCUCUCUCAACUCCAUCUAAUUUUUCUGUCAGCUCUGAAGAGAUAUCUCCAAGUGAAUGCACCAAGGACCUAUUCUUCCCAGUCUACAGUCCACACAGCAGGCCUUCCAAGACCACUGGUAUACCUCAGAAAUCACCUUGCACUAGGAUGGAGGAUGUCCCAGGACUCCUAGAAAAGUUUACCUUUAGAGAGAUUCCUCCAGUGGCUCCCAGAGAUGUUGUAUUUACCUGUAACGCGAAGUACCUCCUUGCUUCAUCUCAGGAACCCAAGAACACUCCCAGGGACAAUCUGGAUGAUUCCACACAGAAGAGUAGUCUUGGGUCACUUUUUGAUAGACUGAGAAGUAAGGUUCAUGAAAGAGAAAGGAAUUCCUUUGUGUCAUCUCUGCCUUUCAUGAGGGACCGUUCUGCAGAAGACAGGCUACAUUUUCCUUCUACAGAAUGUGAACAUCCAACUGUCAGAAAAGAGGCUGCCAAGUAUUCUACUUCUUCCUCUGAUGAUGAAUUUGAAUCGAAGCCUUCGUUAACACAUAAGGCAAAAAUGUCUCUUAGAAGGAGAAGGAAGCUGGAGAAGGAGACAAAGCAAUUGAUUAAACAAGAGGAGCUGAAGAGGCUUCACAAAGCACAGGCAGUCCAGAGGCAACUAGAAGAACUGGAGGAAAGACAGAGAGCACUGGAGAUUUUUGGUGUUAAACUGGAGAGAGAACUCAGAGGAGAAUCAGAUACAGGUACGCAGGAUGAAACUCAGAUGCUACAUGAGUGGUUUGAGCUGGUCCUGGAGAAGAAUAAAUUAAUGCGUUAUGAGUCUGAGCUUUUGAUUGUAGCCCAAGAACUAGAACUGGAAGACCACCAAAGCAGGUUGGAACAAAAGCUGAGAGAGAAGAUGGCUGUUGAUGACAGCCUUAAAGAUGAGAUGGAUCUAAAUGAGGAGGAUGAAAUUUUUACUGAGAUGAUGAAAGUGGUUGAAGAAAGGGACAAACUUGUGUCUGCCUUAGAGGAGCAGAGAGUGAAAGAAAAAGCAGAAGAUCGGCACUUUGAAAGUAUUAUUUUAUCCAGAGGCUGUCAGCUGAGUGGGAUUUAAACAGCCAUAUGUAAAUAAGCAUGAUUUCAGCAAUAUUCAUAAUCACAGAGGUACUAUCUUGUGAACUAUGAGGGAAUUCAAAUUUGAAGUCAACUUAUUUGGGAAAGGUCAUUUUGUUAUCAAAAGCUCUUAAGCAGUUUCUUUGCUUACAUUAGAGUGAGUCACUUCACUCUUUGCUUCAAGGGUCGCAAUAAUAAAGAAUGGGACUGGAUUUACCUGUGUGAAGGCCAUCAUGGUCUGUAAAAGGGAAAUCAGAGCUCUGAUGUUUUCUUGGAAUUUUAUUUUAAUGCUGAGAAUAGAGUUCCUGAGAAACAUGAUGACAUCAUCUAGUAUUUUUGAGAUGGCAUUACUUUCCAUCUGUUUUUCUGACUCUGUAUGUGAUUUGGGAAUAUUUUGGCACAGCCAAACAAUGAUGAACUAUUUAAAUGCCAAAAAGCAAGCUUCUUGUAUAAAAUUAUGUUUAAUAAUAAAUAAUUAGUUUUUAUUUCUGGUGGAGGAAAGGUCUUUUGACUAAUAACUACAUAUAAGCACUCAUUAAAACUAUUGUAAAUGCAGUGUUAGAAAUUAAUUUUCCAGGUAUUUCUAAGUUUUAGAAUACUGUGUAUUUUUUAAUAAGAUGUUGAAACAAUAUUAAAUCCCUGCAUUUUGUAAAAUGGUAAGGGAUCAUCAAAUGGGUGACUUAUCCUUAAAACUGUUACAGGCUCAAAAUAGCUUUUGUAUGGCACAGAUAAAGAUCUUUUCCAAAAUAUGCUGAAUGAUAAUUUUAAAAUCCAGACCUGAUUAGCAUCUAUAGGGUAGACUUUACAGUUGUUUCAAAAAAUACAUCACAAAUAGUAUCAUAGGGUGCCAUGAGUAGUAUAGCAGUUACAAAUCUCCCUUAGAAAAAUUCAUCAAAAUAUUUGCAAAAAAUAUUGUUUUGUAGUGGGAACAUUUAAUAGAAAAUGUUGUGAGUAUAUUUAAAUUACAUUUAUAUUGCUGCUCAAAAGUAUAUGUGGAGAUUUUUUGCUUAAAAGAGGUAUCUGCUAUCUUUUUUUGUACAUGCAUAUAUAGACAUUGGCAUGGAAGAUGUGCAGAAAUUCUCAUUAGUAUUCAGCAUACUUUUAAGUAAUUUCUUAAAUCUGAGAUAAUUGUGCCAUUUAAGAUUGGUAACAUUCCCAAAUGUAUGUAUGAUGCACUAUAUUUUCAAACUGGAAAAAAAAAAGGGAGAAACUGAAAGCCUCUUUAUUCUUAUCAUUUUACCUCAUGCUUUGACUAAGAUUUGAUGUUCUCAUUAUUUCACACACGAUGCUUAUUUGCAAGAGUUUUCUGUCUUGCAGCCAAAGCUACAAGCAUUCUUGUUACAAAAAAAAAAAAAAAAAAAAAAAAAAAAAAAAAAAAAAACUCUUGGUAGCUACUUGUAGGGUGACACACACACUGAAUCUUGUCACAAUAACUUAUGAAUUAUUUUUUUUUCUGUAUUGUAAGAAAUUCAAAACAUCCUUUUUAAAAUUAAAAGAAAGAUUUUACUAUUGACCACAGAUUUACAAUAUACCUCUGUUGGUGCAAGGAACAUACUACUGUUCUGCAGUAUUUAUGUAUUUAUACUUAUUUAUUAGCCAGUUUAAAGAGGAUAAGUGUCUCAUUAUAUUUUCUAGUUUGGAUGUUGUCUGCAAUUUCCAUAAAUAAAAGUGUAUUUCUAACAGUUAUUUAUAGGUAAAGGUCUGCAUAGUAGACUACAUAGCUUUAUCAAUUUGGUAAUUAUUAGUAUAAAAUAUGAAUUAAGAAUUAAACAAAAAUAUCUUAGUAGGAUACCCUUACACUAUAACAUAAAGGACCUUAAUAUAAUUUUUCUUUCAUCUUGGAAAGAAAUAGCAAAAUCCCUGAAUAUAUUUCAAAAUUACUAUCAUUUUUUUCUCUUUCAUUCUGUCAUUCAUAUGCUGGACAUACUUUGAUCUUGAGGUUACAUUUUUUUGUUGAGAUGGAUUGCAGUCAGUGAUUUUUAAACCAACUCUAUUACUUAAGAUUGACGCAAAGUAGAAGCAAGCAGGACAGCAAUAAGUAUUAAAUUUUCUCUGUUGAAAUCUGUUGGCAUUUCCAGUUUUGUGGAGAAAAUUUCUGGAUUUUAUCACUGCUCCCAGAAGCCUCAUGUAGUCUAGUAGAUUAAUACUGUCUAGAUCAUCCAUCGUUGUUCUCUGUAGAAAACUGAGAGUCAUAGUACUUCCAACAUAAUUUUUUAAAGUUUUAAAGCAAAUAUUUUUCUUAGUGUUUUGCACAGAAUGGUAAUUCAGCACAGAAGCCCUCAGUUACGUCAAUCAAGGAUUGUUUUUUUCACCUCACUGUUACUCUCAGAAAAGCCCAUUCAUCCUCCUGUUACUGCUGUACAGAGUGGGAGGAAGGGCAGCCUCAGAGGAACAUGAAGCACCUUGUCCUGAGGGGCAGAUCCUCUGCCAAAGUCUGAUCCUCUUGUCCAGGUAAGGUGCCACGCUGCAAGUGCCCAGGUUCAGGUCACUCCACGUUGUAGACAGGUCCUGAGACUUCACCUUAUAGCAGAUCCUUGUUUGGCCAUUGAGAGUUGAGAAUAUUAAAGUCAAAAGGAGCUGAGAGCCAUCAGCAUUUUAUGGACCUCAAAAAUAUUAUUCACUAAAAACAUACUUUUCUGCAUGCCAUAACACACUCCACCCACAACUGCAAGUCUUGUGUAUCUGCUCCUGCGUGUAAAAACCUGCCAGGCUACCAUUACCCUGACUGAUACUGUGUACUUCACAAGAUUAGAUCCAAAAAUGGACUAUGCAGGCAAUUUAAAUAAAUAAAUAAACUCUUCAGCAAUUUAAAGCAGAUCUUCAUGUAUUUGUAAGGAUAGAGGAGGAAAAAGAAAUAGAAGUUAUGUGCACACUUCACAGGUCAAUUUAAUAUGGCUGACUUGUAUUACAAAUGUAUUUAAGAGCAUUUGGUUAUGAGUGUUCUUGCUGUUCAAUCUUUUCUGUAAAUUGACUCACUAACGUAUAAUGGAUUUAUGGAUUUUUUUUUUCAGUCCUUGGCACUGUCAUUGUUGGGUAUAAUGUGAUGUGCUGGAACGUAUUGGCCAUGUCUAAAUGGACUAGAUGUGAGCAAUUUUGUAUUUGAAGAAAUAAAAUUGUAUCUCACUUUC